AUGGAAACUCUGUGCACAUCGCUGCUGAAGACUCAAACCAUGCUUGCCAAGGUAAAGAGUAGUCAGAGCAACGACACCAAGUGGAUGCCAAUCAUGCCAUUGAUGCAGAAACUCAAGGAUGCUGCUUAUGAUGCUGAGGACUUGAUAGAUGAGUUCCAAUACCAUGUACUCAGGCAGAAGAUCAAAGGUGAAGAAGAGGACAAGGCAGCAAGUGGCUCCGGUGGCCUUCCAAACAUUUUGCCUGCUGCAAAAGAAAAGUUGUUUGGUCCUUCUCAUUCCUUGGAGGAAGAUGCCAUGAGAACUAGCGUGGUGGAGAUUCAAGGAAGGCUGGAGAGAAUUGCUAAUAGUAUGGAGGGCAUCAUGAAUGUGCUACCACUAAAUGAUAGAGGGACGCAACUUGAGGUGAAGUUUCAGUCCAGAGAAUCAUGCUCUUCCCCGGCGACGGACAUAUUGUUUGGCAGAGAGAAAGAACUGAACCAAGUGGUAGAGUGGUUGUUGGGGUCAGCUAAUCAGGUGGAACCUGCACCCGGAGUUGUCAACGAUACCUUCUCCGUCUUGCCCAUUACCGGGAUCGGAGGGGUGGGAAAGACUACUCUAGCUCAGUACGUGUACAAAGACACCAGAAUUCAGCAUCAUUUUGACCUCAAGAUUUGGGUUUGUGUGUCUCACAAUUUCAGUGUACAGGGACUCACUAAGUCUAUAAUACAGUCAGUAACUCAGCAAAAACAACACGAUAAUAUGUGUUUGGAAUCUCUUCGAAAAAUACUCGAUGAGCAUAUUGCGAACAAGAAGUUUCUGCUUUUUCUUGACGACAUGUGGAGCGAUAAGGAGAGUAUCUGGGAGAACUUCUGUGCACUGCUCAAAGAUGGAGGAGCUCAUGGUAGUAAAAUCAUUGUUACAACUCGAGUUAUGAAAGUUUCUAAAAUGGUUAACCCGGCAGAAUCAAUCUUGCUCCAUGGUUUAGACGAAGAUGUCUUUUGGCAAUUGUUCAAUAAAUGCUCAUUUGGCAUACUCAACCCUGAAGACUAUCCGGGGCUAGAAGAUAUUGGUAGAAAGAUUGCUCGCAAGUUGAAGGGCUCACCAUUAGCUGCAAAAACAAUUGGCAAGGUUAUGAAGUCAAAUUUGUGUUGGCAACAUUGGACCACCAUAAUGGAGAGCGACAUAUGGGAAGUAAAACAAGAUGAAGAUGGCAUUAUGCCAGCUCUGCAGUUAAGUUAUCAAUAUCUCGAUGAAAAUAUGAAGCAGUGCUUUGCUUUUUGCUCGAUGGUUCCUAAAGAUUACACAUUCGAUAAAGUUGAGUUGGUUCUAAUGUGGAUGGCCGAACGAAGAUAA